AUGAAUGAAAGUGAGGGCGAACAAGAGUGUGGUGUUUCGACGCCAAAGAAGAAACGCGUUGAAAGAGGCGAUUUAAAAGUGAAGAAAAAACAUAGACAACAAAAAUACGGAGUCGAAUGGGAGAGUGAUCCAAAAUUUAGUAAGUGGCUUACUCGUGAUCCUCAAGAUAAUUUCAAAUCACGAUGUAAAGUCUUGUAUUCAAGAAAAAUGGAGGUUUCAGGUGCAGGGAAAUCUCCAAAUACUUCACUAUCAUUUAGAUAUAAUGCAAAUAAUGAAGAACUAGAAGAAUUAUUUCAUGAGUGUGAUGAUGAUCGCCCAAUACCCCAAGUGGAGCCACAAGUCAGGUGUGAAAGUGCCAGUCCAAAGAAAACUGAGAAAACAUCCUCCAUAAUUGAUAAGUAUUUUAAGUCUAUUCGGAAUGAAAAACCCUCAGAAAAAGUAGAUGAGGUUAAAACAGAUGUUAAAUCUGAAGAAAAUCGGGCUCCAAUUGUACCUAAAGAGGUAUCUUCUUCUCCUGUGAAAGAUUACUUAAACCGGUUUGGUAAAAGAAGUACAUCUGAUGUUAUACCUGAAGGUAAAGAAGCGAAUGAAACAUGGAAAAUAUUCCAUGAUUUUAAAUUCAAGAUAGCACAGGCUGUUGAAGACAUGAAGACUCGCUCUGUUGAAGAAACCAAGGAAAAGACGUUACCAAGGGAAAAUUCAACUUCAGAUUCCGAAGAGAACUCGGCAAUGAAGGACUUAGACCAGCAAAGUAUGGGUGACACUGACAAUCAGGUGUCAUCAUUGGAUAGUAGUAUACAGAACUUAUCAGACGUAACUCAACCAUUAACAGCUAAACCCACUGAGUUUGAUUUGAAUAAGGAACCUAACACUAAAAAUAAUUCAGAUUCUAGUGAUGAUACACAUAAAAAUUUGGCGCACAGUGAAUCUGAUUUAACAAGGGAGUUAAUACAACAAGACAGUCUAGAAGUUGAAUCUGGAAUAGAAGCUCUCGAAGAUACUAUAGACGCUUUCGGGGACGUUAAUCAAAUAGAGGCAGAUGAAAGUAAAACGCCUUUGGACACUGGCGUUACUCAACCGGCCCAAUCACCUUCAAACUUCGGACUUCCCCCGAGCAAGAACAAUUUACACAAAGACGAGUCUUCGACAAAACCAAAAGCUUACUUCUUUAAGUUUUCAAUGUAUUUCCUAACAAUUUUUCUACUUAUAAACUAUUUGUUAUUUCCAAAUUCGAACGCUUGGAAUGGUUUUUUGUUGGGUAUUUGGUUUUUCUAUUUUUCGAGCUGCUUGAAGGAGUGGUUGUUGGAUACUUACUUCACUGAUGAGCCUAGAAAAGGGUAUUUCCAAUUGAAACGCAAUAAUACUCUACCCUUUACAUACACUAUACCGUCUGUUAAGGAACACAGACCUCUUAAAAAAUAUGAUGGAUGGAUCAACCAUUACAGGUAUCCAGAUUAUGAUCCAUACACUUAUCACAUAAACAAGACGACAACUGCUUUUAUGAAACUAGAGGGUUGCAAUCUACGAAUUUCGUACACGAGAACGAAAGUGGCGAAACGAGCACUCUGGGAUGAAAAAAUAGAAAAUAUUACUUUUUAUCAACAUCGAUUAUACAACCUCACUGGAGCUAGGGUUAUAUUGCUACCUAAAGGACUUGUAAGGAGGCGGCAAUGGAGCAAGAAAUAUCCCAUUUGUAUAAUAUUAAGUGAAAAAGAAAAGAUACAAGUGUUAGAAAAAGAAAAUACGUCGAGUGAAAGGAAAUCGUCAGAGUCGUUAGAAAGAAAAAGCAAAGAGUUGCCGUUAGAGACUGAGAGUACAGAAACAAAUACUAGUCCGGAGAAGAAAAAGAAAUUUGUAUGGAGGAGACGAGAAAAAAGCGUCACACACAGCGAAGUUGACGCAGGAAAAGAAGGACUACGUCACAGGCUAGUUAGAAAAAUCCAUAGAGAUAAGAAAGCAGACAGUACGUCGGCUUGUACGGAAACUGAAAGCCAAGGACAAGUGGACAAAAAUAUUCAGUUAGAGGAUUCUUUCGAUGCUGAUAUGGAUGUUUCCAAAUCAGUGACAAGCGCCAAAGAAGAUGACGACGAGUUAGAUGAUAGCGAACUGUGUAGGAUAAAGGAGUUUCUAGAAGAAACUGAGUUAGAUGCCGGCGCAGAGGGCGCGUCGGAGGGCGAGUGGAGUGUGCACGUGAAGCAGUCCUGCGACAAGCACUCGCACCUGUAUCUGUUCGCGCGCACCGGCAGGGACAAACACGAAUGGUACCGUCGCUUCAUGAUAGCGAUAUCAGAAGCGAACGCGUCGGUGGAGAGCUCGGGCGCGGAGGACAGGCCGGCCAGCGACACGGAAACCAAGGACGGCAUCGAGCUCGCCGUAUACAAGCUCACCGAGAAGGAGAACGUCGCGUUUGGCAAGAGUAAAUCGACCGAAGCGUCGACGGAAGGCACGACGAUGCCGUCGCCCUCUCACCCCGUGCCUUCCAGCUUCGAAUCCUACGAGAAGUCAUUUUGGCCGUAUUUAAAUAAAAUUAUACAGGCCUCUAAAUAUAACCAGAGUGGCGGCGCUGCGGCGGGCGGCGCGGCGUGCGAGUGCCGCGCGCUGCCCGCCGACGUGGCGUGGGCCAACACGCUGCUGGCGCGCCUCAUGUACGACGUGAUGCGCGACCCGCUCAUGCUGGCGCGCGUGCAGGCGCGCAUACAGCGCAAGCUCAACACGCUCAAGCUGCCGUCGUUCAUGUCGCCGCUGGUGAUCACGUCGCUGCGGCUGGAGGGCGCGUGCCCGCUGCUGAGCGCGCUGGCGGCGGGCGCGGCGGACGCGCGCGGCGCCUGGCUGCACGCGCGCCUGCGCUACGACGGCGGCGCCACCAUCACCAUACUCACGCAGAUCAACCUCAUGAAGCUGAAGGAGAAGAAUGUCACAUUAGAAGAACAGUUGCUUGUAACGAAUGAAAAUAUAGUUGAAAGUGAAGUUAAUGUCUCGCGUCAAGGCUGCGUGUCUCCGGAACUAAAAAAAAGGAAACCGGCGAUCUACGACUCGGAGGUGGAGGACUCGGCGGAGUCCAGCAGCGACGACGAGAGCCCGCCCGUGCAGCCCGUCGACAGCGCUGAGAACGUGCCGCUCACCGAGUCCGCGUCGUCCACAAAUGAAGGUGUAUCUUCUAAGAAGAAAUUUUUGAGAAUGGUUGACAAGAUAGCUACCAAUAAGUAUUUCCAAACGGUGACGGACUACAAGUACGUGAAGCGCGCGAUGGAGGGGCUGUCCAACACGGACAUCAAGCUGCAGCUGGAGGUGCGCGCGCUGGCGGGCGCGCUCGCCGUCAACCUGCCGCCGCCGCCGCACGACCGCCUGUGGAUCGGGUUCUCGACCAACCCACAGUUAGUCCUGAAGGCGCGGCCCGCGUUCGGCGCCCGCACGCUGCGCUUCGCACACAUAACCAAUUGGAUAGAACAGAAGCUCACGAAGGAGUUCGAGAAGGUCCUCGUCUUACCCAACAUGGAGGACAUCAUCAUAGACGUCCUCACACCCACGCCCGUUGAAUUUGAG